AUGGCAACGUCAACGUCAAUGGUGGAGUUUCCACUCCCGCAAGAACUCAAAGACGAAGUCUAUAGCUACCUGCUCAGCCCCGAAGCCGCGAUAAAUCUCACACGAGCGCGCACGCACGAGAAACCCGAUCCUCAUCACGACUACGAGGCCUCGAUCUUGCUCGUGAACAAGUCCAUCGGUCAGGACGCCGCUCGCUAUCUUCGAAGCCAGAACUCGUUCGUCCGGAUCGAGUCCGAUCGGUUUGGCCUCUUCAGCCAGCUCGCUCGACUGGGCGCCCACAUCAUCUCCACUCAAAUCGACGAUCGAUGCCCGCACCUGGCGUUUUCGAUAAGUGUGCUUUCACCCGAGCACUACUUUGUCGUGGAGGACCGUCACUUUGUAGGACUGGAGGACCGUCACUUUGAAGGAGUAGACUCGGUGCUCAUUCUCGAGCGUGACAUGGACAAAUUCUGGACAGUUCUACGCAUGGCAAGUCACUCCGAGCUAGUAGAUUGCGUGCAGAUCCACCGCAGGCCUGAUGGGGAAUACAAAUUCACAGCCAGCAGACAUAAGAGAGUCGCAUCCACGGUCCAGUUCUUCGCCAACCCAAACAGUCGUAAACGCAAGGCCGACUUCUUGCAGUUUGCGCGCGACAACGGCGGCGGCUUCAUGGAGAUUACCUGUUUGAGCAAAAGCCGACAGUCUAGUUUCGGCGGAAAACUGUGGGAAGCGAUGCCAAUCUACCGCUACGCCGCAUUCUACGUGCGAAGCUGGAAUUGGUUCCAAUUUUACCAAACUUACGCAAGAGCAGGUGCUGCGGGCAACAUCGCGACAGGAUGCAACACUCUCCAAUUCGACAUCGAGUUCUCUCGCGUAUUGCUCCUCUUCCACCUCACAGGGCUUCCAUACAGCGGAAGACAGUCCAGGACCGCCAGAUACGACCAGAACGACCAUCGUUUCCUGCUCAAGCAUGGCCGCCGGCUUAACAUAUCUCAGGCCUCGGAAAACAAGCUUGAACACUUCCUUCAGAUCUCCAGAUUACUGGACUCUCCAAAAGUCCCGGGCGGACAGCCGCUGCGGGAUGCCAUCACAGCAAUGAGAGCGCUCACGCCCACAGCUGGACUCCAGCACGACAUCGAGCACCUCCAGAAAUUGCUCAGGACUCGACUUCCCAUGAACUACAAGGAGGAACUGAGAGGAGUUCUCAGCUUUGCCAAGGGUCCCUUCCAGAUCAUGAACGAAUCAUCGCAGCAAGACCACUUCCGCGAUCGCCCGCAACGUUUCGUUGGGUGGCAGGACGUCGAGCAUCUGGCUCAACUCACUACGGAGGACAAAGAGAAAAUCAAUGCGCUGCAGUUCCCGCUUCCGCAGGAAAUCAGGGAUGAAAUCUACACCUACCUCCUCAGCCCAGAAGCCGUGCGCAAUGUCUUCCCUCAUGGCACUUGGAGACGCCCGUUUUCCGACCGCUACAAAACUCCGUACCAUUUCCAUACUGCCAUCUUGCGCGUCAACAAAGGCAUCGGCACAGACGCCGCUCGAUACCUCCACGAACAGAACUCCUUCAUACGCAUCAGCUCGUUCGGCAGUCCCGGCAAUAUCUUCUCUCAUCUCGCCGAAGUGGGUGCUCGCAUCGUUGCGAUACGGCAUGUCGACGGUGCCUCAUGCAUCGCGUAUGAAAUCCACGUCUCCUCUCCCAGCAACGGCGAAAUCGACCACUUUCCUGUCUUCCGCAAUCAUCCGAGAGCGUGGAACCAUGGAAGUGUCAAGUUGGUCCUGAUUCUUGAGCGGGACAUCUCGAAGUUGUGGACAACUAUACGCAUGGCAAACGAGUUUGCGCCACCAGACUGCGUGCGAGUUCGCUCUGGACGCGGGGAGAAGCUGAAACUAUCAGGAUGCGCGCUUCCGAGGUCAGUUUGCAAGGACCUCGAGCAUGAUCACAGCCAUGACGCUCCACUCGUCAAGAUCAGGGCAUCGCAUGUCGCGUGCGACGCUUCCGACGGGUACCGCAGGACUGCAUUCUUCCAAACUGCAUGCAGAGCACUCGGUGGUUUCUUCGACGUCAGAUUGCUCGACUUUGGCCAUGGACUGCCGGAGCGUCCCAUGCGUACGCCGUCGGUCACGCUCAUCUGGCCUUCAGCUUUCGAAUGGAGUCGGUUCGAUAGACUCCUGGCGCUGAAACUUGAAGCUGACGAACUGGUCGUCGCUGGAAAGCUGUGGACAGCAUUGCCGAAAUAUCAGUACGCUGCCAAUCUUGGUAUCGAUUGGUUUGAUCGUCGCGAGCGCUACGGAAUCGAUUCCAUCACCGAUCAAGAAAGCCGCUUUCUCCAAUUCGAUCUCACGAUGUCUGUGGCGCUGCUCCGUUUCCAUCUCGACGGAGUGCCAUUUGACAUUGACGACUACACCGAGGACGUCGACGUGUACGACGACGUGUAUUACCAUCUCAAACACACUAUCGAGAGGCUCAUGGCGCUUCCGCAAAAUGAUAGGAUCUCUCAUGACAUCGAAUGCAUCAGUGCCGUUCUAGAUUCAGGCGAAUAUGACGAUUCGCUCGGUCCCCUAUACCAUAUCUUCAAAGGCGAUCUGAGCUUUGCUAGAUUUCCCUUCGAGAUCAUGAACACCAUUUCCGACCAAGGUCGCAAUCACGGCCGACCCAAGGGUCUCGUCGGCUGGCAGGAUACUCAGCACCUUGCGGAAUUGACUGAGAAGGAAAAGAAGGCCAUCAAUGCAUACCAGAGGGAUCACAACCUUCGCAUCACGACUGGUGAAGUGAAGAUAGACGGGAUGCAGCACCAGAGUAGCAAGGAGUGA